AUGGUCGAUUUAGGCAAGAUGAUCCAGCCUUGGACUAUUUCCCCUGCUGGGUGGAAGCUUGGUUCAAGAGACGUACCGGCUUGGGACGAGCGCCAGAGACCAGAGACAGAGACGGAGACCGUUUGCUGGCUGAACCGCUCACUGGCUCCCCUUAUCGUUCAAACUUACAAGUUCAUCUCAACUUCAUCGCAAGUAUCGAUAACGCGCCUGUUCGACGCCGACGGUUUCUGGGCAGAUAUCCGACAAAUGAGCAGUUCAGACGACGCAAUCAGGCACCCAGACCCUCUCGUGAAUGCGCGACUUCAGAGUUUCCCUGUAGGCGGAGAUCAACGCCACUUACUGGAAACCUGGUUGAACGGCCGAAGCGAAGCAGCCGAAUUUUGGUCGGUAACUGUUCUACAUGCGCAGGUCAUCCUCAAGUCAGUGGACAGAAAGACGGCAUUUGAAGAGGAUCUGAAAAUGGCCUUGCACCCCUUGAACGACUCGAAUGUUCGGACAACUUUCUUGUCUUUCAACAUGGAGCCCACAAUGUUGACGACACUCUUCGGCAACCCGAAAGACUAUAAGGUGACAUUGUGCUCAAACUGGUCGCUGGCUUAUCUUCUCCGUCAUCACGAUCCGGUCGAUAUACUGAUUGGAAUGUUUAUUUUGCGUUGGUGUUGGACUUUGCUUAAAUUUUUGACCAGAUCUGACAAUAAUGCUGCAGGGAAGAUUACUGAUCAUGAUGAUGUCUUCAUGUCUCAAACCCCCGAAGACCAACAAAUUGAAGAGGCUGCUCUACGCCUGAAUAAGCAUUUCAUGGAGACAUAUUGCGGACCAGGCGCACUGUGUCUCGAAAAGGGAUUGCAUCAGUACAUGAAAAUGUACAAACCGGAAGUCCACUAUGGGAAAUCGAUUGUUAUUCUUCAGAGUAGUGGGACCGGAAAAUCUCGAGUAGUGGCCGAAAUGACAAACUCGCAGGGCGAGGAGAUUGCGGCUGCCUUCAUGGGCGCGCUUUUUUCUGUCCUACAUGACACAAUUGUGGAUGCGCGUCACCGUGGGCGCUCUGUUGAAGAAGCCAAGAAAUUUUUCGAUAAGAGUUGGGAACUUUCGGAUAUCAGGGGGUCGCCACGCAGCAAAAACUUCACAAAAGUGGCUGACACCGCUAUUUCCUUACUGGAAACACACGCAGAUAAGAUAUUACAUGCUCGUCUCCCCACAACUCAUGCAAAAAUGGUCUCAACACCGGUCAACCCUGAUCAAAUGGAGGUGGACGAUCCAGGAUCUAUAAAACAUGCGGGAGGCUCGAGCCCUUCAGCUCUCAAAGAAAAACCCAGUGACCAUGCCCAAUGGGCGGAAGAGCUGUAUGCUAUCCUCAUCAAACCAUCUGCGGCAGCCUUGGACCAGGAUCGGGUUGAGUUAGGACUGUCCUGUUUUACCUUCGCAUUCGAUGAAUGCAGCUUUCUGAAUUUCCAUUUCCAACCGGGCGAGGUUCCGAUCAGUGCCGUCGGUCGUAUCACACUUCUUGCGAUGCAAAGAAUAAUCAAGGCCUGCGAGGCUCACGGUUUCUGGUAUUUUCUCCUUGACACGACGAGGGGACUGCACGACGUCUACCCGGACGCAACCAAGUCCACAGCGUUGUCCAAGCGCCUUCGAGGUGACCUGAAGCCACUUCCAGCCUGGCCGUACUUACCAUUCGACAUGAUGGUGCCUCCUCCAAGUCGACUACCCAAGACCCCUCUAGAUUCCCUAUUAUUGUGUAACCUCAAACUCUAUGGUCGACCGCUCUGGUCGAUGUAUCAUGACGAUGAGCUUAUGGAUAUCGUCGGUGAAAAAAUCCUCUGCGACAGACCGGAGAAUUUUCCCAGCCCAAAUUCCGAAACACGCAAACUGCAGAUUUUAGCUUUGCACUCGACGCGAUUUAUUCUCAACCUCUGUGCCGAGGGUGCUGCAAACGUUUUGGCUGUCGCCUCCGUCAGGAGCCAUUUGCGUGUUCUGACUGAGUAUGAUGCGGUGACACGUAUGCUGAAAUCAGAGGUACCAUCCGAGCCUAUCUUGGCCAUAGGUGCUGGCAACCUCCUUCUCAAAAAUAAACGCUUAUACAUAGAUGCCAUGCGCACUCUCGUCGAUGAACUCCUGCUAUCCGACGAUGUGAUCUCUUUGGGAGAAAAGGGGGAGACUUUGGCUCGCAUUAUCAUCAUUGUAAACCGCGAUGCUACUGUCCAUGAAGCAGGGGGCCAAAUCCAGUGUGUUGUUGAAAUCUCCCAUCAUUUACAGAAGAUUGCUGAACAAACCUCUGAUGCAAGGAGCUUGGGGUACAGUCGCUGUUCUGCUGUGCGGCCCUUCACUUUGGAGGCAUAUCUUAAAAAUCUGCUGAAGCAGGGGCAUAUUGGCCCGGAGAGUCCCGCCUUUGAUUCUGGCUUGAAAUGGGGAGAAAAAGUCUACUUAAACUUUACCCAUUUCAUACAACUGGACGACUUCGUGGACGCAGAUCUUUCGGCUGAGUUUCUCAUCAUGUGCUGGCACAGAGGUUUCGCCCUGCAGUGUGUUCAUAAUCAACCUGUCAUUGACAUACUCCUCAUUGGUUACCGAGGUGAUUUGUCCAAGCCUUUCAACCCCAGGAUGUUUGUCUUGGUUGCGUUGCAGGUCAAGAACCGGGCCGACCCCGCGGGUACGAACUUGAUCAAGGCUAUAACCUGCCCAUUCAUAAAGUUCGGGUCCCAACGCUGGAAGCCACAAUAUAUGGUGAUCCUAAUGGAUCUACGCACUUCAACUGCUUUCCAAGGAGGUUCGAAAAGUCAAAAGGUUCGCGUUGCGAAAAGUCAAGCACAAAAGGGCAAGACGUGGGCUGCUUUCGAGGAGGCGAAUGAUUAUAAAGCAGUUUGA